AUGGAACAAUCAUCCUCUGCUGCCACUGAUAAACAGAAACAAACAGGACCGCACCGUGAAAAAGCCCUCACAACAUCACAAUGUUUAAAAAGAGCUGACACACGAGAGAAACAUCACAGCUGUGACCAAUGUGGGAAAGUGUUCACUAGAAAGAGUUAUCUAAAAGUCCAUGAACGUAUUCACACUGGAGAGAAACCGUACAGCUGUGACCAGUGUGGGAAAGCUUUCCCUUUAAAGAGUACUCUAAAACUCCACCAGAAUGUUCAUCUUGAAAAGAAACCAUACUGUUGUGGGCAAUGUGGGAAAGCUUUCUCUACAAAUACUGCAUUAAAAAUACACUACCGCAUUCACACAGGCGAGAAACCACAUAGUUGUGCCCAAUGUGGACGGACUUUUACUCAAGAGAGUGGCCUAACUCGCCAUCAACGCGUCCAUACUGGAGAGAAACCGUACCAGUGUGACCAGUGUGGGAAUUCUUUUGCUUGCGACAGUCAUUUAAAACGCCACCAACGCAUUCACACUGGAGAGAAACCGUACCAGUGUGACCAGUGUGGGAAUUCUUUUGCUAUAGACGAAUAUUUAAAACGCCACCAACACAUUCACACUGGAGAGAAACCACACAAGUGUGACCAGUGUGGGAAGGCUUUUUCCAGAGAUGUUGAUCUAAAAAGCCACCAACGCAUUCACACUGGAGAGAAGCCGUACAGUUGUGCACAAUGUGGGAAAGCUUUCACUACAAAAAGUUAUCUAACGAAUCACCAACGCAUUCACACUGGAGAGAAGCCGUACAGUUGUGCACAAUGUGGGAAAGCUUUCACUACAAAAAGUGAUCUAACGAGACACCAUCGCACCCACGCAGGAGCGAGGCCGUACAUCUGUGACCUGUGUGGGAAAAAGCUCAGUACCAAUAACUCUCUACAAAACCACCGACGCACUCACACUGGAGAGAAGCCUUACUGCUGUGACCAAUGUGGGAAAGUGUUCACUAGAAAGAGUUAUCUAAAAGUCCAUGAACGUAUUCACACUGGAGAGAAACCGUACAGCUGUGACCAGUGUGGGAAAGCUUUCCGUUUAAAGAGUACUCUAAAACUCCACCAGUGCGUUCACACUGGAGAGAAACCACACAAGUGUGACCAGUGUGGGAAGGCUUUUUCCAGAGAUGCUGAUCUAAAAAGCCACCAACGCAUUCACACUGGAGAGAAGCCGUACAGUUGUGCACAAUGUGGGAAAGCUUUCACUACAAAAAGUAAUCUAACGAAUCACCAACGCACCCACGCAGGAGCGAGGCCGUACAUCUGUGACCUAUGUGGGAAAAAGUUCAGUGCCAAUAAGUCUCUACAAGUCCACCAACGCAUUCACACUGGAGAGAAACCGUUCAGCUGUGACCAAUGUGGACUAGCUUUCAUCGAUGAACGUAAUUUAAAAAUGCAUCAACGCGUCCACACUGGAGAGAAACCACACAAGUGUGACCAGUGUGGGAAGGCUUUUUCCAGAAAUGUUGAUCUAAAAAGCCACCAGCGCAUUCACACUGGAGAGAAACCGUACCAGUGUGACCAGUGUGGGAAUUCUUUUGCUAGAGACAGUGAUUUAAAACGCCACCAACGCAUUCACACUGGAGAGAAACCGUUCAGCUGUGACCAAUGUGGACUAGCUUUCAUCGCUGAACGUAAUUUUAAAAUGCAUCAACGCGUCCACACUGGAGAGAAACCACACAAGUGUGACCAGUGUGGGAAGGCUUUUUCCAGAGAUGCUGAUCUAAAAAGCCACCAGCGCAUUCACACUGGAGAGAAGCCGUACAGUUGUGCACACUGUGGGAAAGCUUUCACUACAAAAAGUAAUCUAACGAGACACCAUCGCACCCACGCAGGAGCGAGGCCGUACAUGUGUGACCUAUGUGGGAAAAAGCUCAGUACCAAUAAGUCUCUACAACUCCACCGACGCACUCACACUGGAGAGAAGCCUUAUUGGUGUGAGCAGUGUGGGAAAACCUUCAUUACAAGCAGUCAUCUACAGAUCCACCGACGCAGUCACUCAGCAUCGCAUUGA